CCCUCCUCCCGCCCCCGCCCUCCGCGGCGGCCGCCCGGGAAAGUCCAGUAAAAGUCCAGGCGGCGGCCGCGCGCCAUGGGCUCGGGCCCCUCCACCUACCGGCCCAAGGCCAUCUACCUGGACAUCGAUGGACGCAUCCAGAAGGUGGUCUUCAGCAAGUACUGCAACUCCAGCGACAUCAUGGACCUCUUCUGCAUCGCCACUGGCCUGCCACGGAACACGACCAUCUCCCUGCUCACCACGGACGACGCCAUGGUCUCCAUUGACCCCACCAUGCCCACCAACUCGGAACGCACCCCCUACAAAGUCAGGCCCGUGGCUGUGAAGCAGUUGACCGAGAAGGAGGAGCUGCUGCAGAGCGCGCUGAGCCAGGUGGCCGAGCAGCUGUCCAGGGCCUUCAAGAUCAACGAGCUGAAAGCGGAAGUGGCCGACCACCUGGCCGGGCUGGAGAGGCGCGUGCAGCUGGAGGCCCUGAAAGCCGUGGAGAUUGAGAAAUGCAAGAGCGACAUCAGGAAGAUGAGGGAGGAGCUGGCGGCCCGGAGCAGCAGGACCAGCUGCCCCUGCAAGUACAGCUUCCUGGAUGACACUAAGAGGCUGGCCCCGUGCCGCGAUGUCCUCACCUACCCCAAGUACCUGCUGUCCCCGGAGACCAUCGAGGCCCUCCGCAAGCCCACCUUCGACGUGUGGCUCUGGGACCCCAACGAGAUGCUGAGCUGCCUGGAGCACAUGUACCACGACCUGGGCCUGGUCAGGGACUUCGACAUCAACCCCAUCACGCUCAAGAGGUGGCUGGCCUGUGUACAGCACAACUACAGGAACAACCCUUUCCACAACUUCCGGCACUGCUUCUGCGUCACCCAGAUGAUGUACAGCAUGGUCUGGCUCUGUGGGCUGCAGGAGAAGCUGUCGCAGAUGGACAUCCUGGUGCUCAUGACGGCCGCCGUGUGUCACGACCUGGACCACCCUGGAUUCAACAACACGUACCAGAUCAACGCCCGCACAGAGCUGGCCUUGCGCUACAACGACACGUCGCCCCUGGAGAACCACCACUGUGCCGUGGCCUUCCGCAUCCUGGCCCAGCCGCACUGCGACAUCUUCUGCAGCCUGCCACCUGACCGCUUCCGGCAACUCAGACAGGGCAUGAUCACGCUUAUUCUGGCCACGGACAUGGCGCGGCAUGCGGAGAUCAUGGACGCGUUCAAGGAGAAGCUGGACAAUUUCGACUUCAGCAACGAGGAGCACAGGACGCUGCUCAAGAUGAUUUUGAUCAAAUGCUGUGACAUUUCCAACGAGGUGCGGCCCAUGGAGGUGGCUGAGCCCUGGGUGGACUGCCUGCUGGAGGAGUACUUCAUGCAGAGUGACCGGGAGAAGUCGGAGGGGCUUCCUGUGGCCCCUUUCAUGGACCGAGACAAAGUGACCAAAGCCACAGCCCAGAUUGGCUUCCUCGAGUUCGUCCUGAUCCCCAUGUUCGAGACUGUGACCAAGCUCUUCCCCGCAGUCGGGGACCUCAUGCUGCGGCCCCUGUGGGAGUCCCGGGGCCGGUACGAGCUGCUGAAGCAGAUGGACGACGCGGCCCAGGAGAAGGCCAAGUCCCUGGCUUCCGAGGGCACUGAGCCAUCUGGAGAGAAGGGCCAGGGGAAGAGCCAGGAAAAGGACGCGCUCUCGAACUGACCCUCCAAGUAUAGCCGGACGGCGGGACAGAGCACUCAGGGGCCUCCUGUUCCGACCUGCGGCCAUGCGGGAUGCCCAGGUGGAAGGACACUGGCUGUGGACCACACCUCCUGAGACCCAUCCCGUUCGGCCAACUCGAGAAAGGCUCCACGAUCUGCACAGAAUUUUUAUU